UAUACAUAUAUGUAUGUGUAAAUAAAAUAUAGAAAAAAAAACAAUGUUUAAUAAUAUAAAUUUGAAUAUGUAAGAAGAAAAUGUGAUUUUCCAUUAUAUACUCGUAUAUUAUGUGAGCUUAAAAAAUCAAAAUACUCGCACGUUAUUACAUAGCUAUACAUACAUAUAUACAUAUAUGUGCUAUAUAUAUGAUAUAUGUAUUUGAUUUUUAAAAAAGCGAUUAUAAAUUUUUAUUACAACUACAACACUUUAUAUUUUUAUUAAAGUUUUUACAUUACAAUAAAGGAAUUUAUUUUUUUUUUAUAAGUAUGCAAAAUCAUUUUUUAACAAAUUUUGUGAGUGGCAAACAGCAUAUAGUUUUACUAUUAUAUAUACAUACAUAUAUACAAAUUAUGUAUGAUCAUACUAAUUAAUUCUGUCAAUUAUCGUGGAACCGAAAAAAUAUAAAUGAGGAAACAUGGGAAAUGGAAUGAACAAGGUCUUGCCAGGACUUUAUGUUGGCAACUACAGAGAUUCGAAAGAUCAGCAACAACUGGAACGCCAUCAGAUUUCCCACAUUGUUGCGAUUCAUGACAGUCCAAGACGAUUACUGCCAGACAAGCACUACCUGUGUGUGAUGGCUGCUGAUGUUCCUGAACAAAAUUUAUCCCAAUAUUUUCCUGUUUGCAAUGAUUUUAUACAUGGAGCUAGAUUACGUGAUGGUAACGUAUUAAUACAUUGUUUAGCUGGUAUGUCGCGUUCAGUUACUGUAUGUGUUGCUUAUGUAAUGACUGUGACGAAUUUAAAUUGGAAGGAUGCUCUAAAAGUAGUGAGAGCAGGAAGAGCAGUAGCAAAUCCAAAUUUAGGUUUUCAGAAUCAAUUGCAAGAAUUCGAAAUGUAUAAAUUAUCUGAAGAACGACGACGUUUACACGAACGUUUCCCAAGUAAUGCCUUAGAAGAGUCGGACCGUGAAAAAUGUAUGAUUGCAUUAAAUAGCUAUGAAGAAUUACUGCAAAAUCGUGAUAUUUGUGAAGGAAACUGUAAUCGUGGAGAAAAAUGUCCAACAGGAGUGUGUCAAACCGACCAACCAAAAGGAAUUUUUCGCCGAAGACCUAGCUCUGGAUCGACACGCAGUAGUAGAUCAAAUAGUUUAAAACCUCCACCGAAUGGUGCUCAAUCAUGCCCGUCAUCACCAAAGCAUAUGCAACGUAAACCAAUGCGGGGUGAUUCAAUUUCUAGUUCAACAACUCUUCAAAUACCUGAAGACGAUGUCUUAGAGAUGAACAGCAGUGGUCCAUCCUCUUUACCUGAGCAAUCAAUACGAAGCAGAGACAGACAACAAGAAGAACAAAGUAGACUUCAACAAAAUGAUAAACAAAAGAAACAGGAUGACCAAUCAGAAAGGAAUUAUUUAGGACUUCAUCGUAGUGCAAGUACAGUCAGUAGUUCAUCAUUUUGUAGGCCACGUAGUAGUCCAUCGGGAUUAUUUUCAUAUACGGGAAAAGCAUCAGCAAAUUCAACACCAUCAUCCGUCCAUGGCUCACGUGUUGACAUAACAAAGGACGAAAGAGGUUCCGCCAUUUAUUUAGGAUGCAAUGCACCUAAAGUUAAUGGCUCAUCAUGGUCAAUAUCUUCGUCACGAUCUUCGGGCGGCUCUCAACCAGCAACACCAAAUCAAACCCCACCGGUAAGCCCGAGGAAAGCACCAUUUUUCAGAAGGUCAUCAAGUGUUGUUAAGAAAAACAGUAGGUAAAAUUGUUUGAAAGGGCGAAGUUGUAUCAAUACUUCUUAAUGGAUCUUCAAUGAAUUUUCAUUUACUGGAUUUAACAAUUCAAGAUGUAAUGAAGAAAUAAACAUAAUACCCAUAUGUUUUUAUUACAAAGAUUUUAAAUCGAUAUAAUAUUUUAAUACAUCAUACAAAAACAGUUGCUAAUACGUAAUUCGCGUUAUAUUCAUAAAUUAAAAUCCAUUUAUUUACAUAAAUACAUAAAAUUAUCAAGAAUAUUUUAUAGCCAUAUAGCAGAUCAACACAAAAUCUGUCCAAACAAAAAUCAUAGAAAAGGUUAAUAUCAAAAUUUAAUAUACAUUAUACAAAAUUGUUCACAAAAAUUUAUAUAUCAAAAGCAGUAGAAAAAAAAAAUAAAAUGAAAACUAAAAUAAACCUAUUUU